AUGGAAUCGGUGGUGUUUAUCUUUAAUUCGGUGUUACUGGAUAUACUCAAACGAAUGUCAGCCGAUGAAUAUGCUAAACAACAGUUGAUUGAUACCUGUGAAAAAUAUUAUUGUAAUAGUAAAUAUGAUUUAAACAUGAUUGAACAUUUUCGUGCAACCUUUAAACCUGAAGAUGCCAUUAAAUGGUAUACAACCAAUUGUUUUCUAUUUCGUUUAUUAAAUCAAGCAUUACGAACAGAAGAUGUUAAUUUAUUAUUCGCCUUUCGAUACUAUAUUAUCGUUUUAUGUAAAGCCCUUGCGGAUGAGAAACAAAAACUAUCAUCGAACACUCAUUUAAAACUUUUUCGAGGUCAAAAACUGGCUGUGACUGAAUUUGAGUCUCUCCAAAAAUGCAUCGGCACUUAUAUAACAACAAAUGGUUUUCUAUCGACAUCAUUAGAUGCAGAUGUCGCCCUGAUGUUCGCUGGUCAUGGUGAUCCUUGUCCUGAAUCAUACUGUAUCAUUUUAUUCGAAAUUCGAGUUAAUACAUCAGUUGAAUCCAUCAUUUUUGCUUCGAUCGAUAGUGAGAGUGAUUUUAUCGACGAAAGGGAGGUUUUAUUUAGUUUGAAUACCGAGUUCAAAAUUGAAUCAAUUGAUUACGAUGAUCAACGUCAAUUGUGGAUAGUACGCAUGAUUGCCAGUACUGAUGGAAGUAGAUAUGUGAACGAUUUUUUAGAAUCAGCAAGGACCGAAGAAAAGAAUAUUUUUACACCAUUAGCUUAUUACGGACACAUCAUCUGGUACGAGUUUCAACAAUUAGAGCAAGGUGAAAAAUAUUUUCAAACUCUCAUCAAAACAUUACCUGCGGAUCAUCCUGAACUUUCGAUAAUUUAUUACGAACUAGGUUCUUUAUACCAAAAGAAGAAAGAGUGGUUUGCAGCAUUGCAAAAUUUGACAUAUGCUCGCGAUUUAUUACCUAAUUCGGAAAACAAACACAAUGAACUGAUAGCGAUGGUAUGGCUAACUAUGGGUGAAGUGUAUAGUGCUACAGGUGAUUUAGACAUGAGUUUAGAUUAUUUCCAGAAAGCAUUAUCUAUAUGGAAUUCGAACCAUUCAUAUCUUAGAAAAGCUCGAACAUUAGAAUGCAUCAGCAAAGUGUAUGAACUCAAGAAUCCUAAACACUAUCAAGAGAUUAUCCUUGAUAAUUAG